AUAUAAUGGACAAACCAGAUGAACUCCGUAUCAUACUUUUAGGAAAAACAGGCACUGGGAAAAGUAAGACAGGAAAUUCGAUACUUGGAAGGGAUGCAUUCGUAUACGGUGACCAUGGUUCUUCUGUAACUUCAAUUUGCCAAAAGGAGUCUUCCGUUAGAUUUGGGGAAAAAAUUGACGUGGUUGAUACGCCUGGGUUUUUUGAUACUGAUCAAGAUAAUGAGACCAUUCAACGAGAAGUGAAAAGGAGCAUUGUUUUAUCUUCGCCUGGUCCUCAUGCAACUAUACUUUGUAUUCGAGUUGCUCGAUUUACAAAAGAAGAUAUCAACACACUUGAACACUUUGUGAGAUAUUUCGGGAAAGAGAUGCUUAAAUAUGUAGUUGUAAUAUUCACGCAUGUAGAUCAACUUUUAGAAGACCACAUGCAACAAAAUGAAAAUCAGACAAAGGAAGAUUUUAUAAGCUCUCUUCCGAAAUAUGCUCAAAAAUUCCUGACGAUGUGCGGCAAUCGGUAUUUGUUUUUCAAUAAUAGAAGAAGAGGGAGCGAAAACGAAAUUCAAGUAAAAAAGCUUCUAGAGACAGUUUCGUCAGUUCAGCAGCAAAAUGGAAAUAACUGCUACACUAAUUCUGAUUACAAGAAUGUUGAACGGAUGCUUCAAGCAAGUAUGAAGGAAGAAAAUGAAGACAGAAACAUUGUUCAAAACAGUGACGAGUUUUUACUCAAAGUUAUUGAGGUAAUUGGUAUAAUUGGUUCAAUUGCCUUAAAAUUAUUUGAAAUAAUGUCAGAAUUAGACGAUUGA